CACAUACAUUAUCAGCUUUCUCUCACUAGGGCUAAUUUCCUGUGACCAAAUUCCUUCUUUUUAACUUCACUAUCUCUAAUUUUCUUGCAUUUUCUUCCACUCUCGUAGCAUCUUCUCACUCUUAUUCUCAAUGUAAGUUCUUUCCACUUCUUCAUUCCGUCAAUUUCUUCACGCCCUAGCCCAUGCACCCACAAUCCGUGAAUUUAUGAGUACAAAUUUCACUGAUGUUUUCCGUGGUAUGGGUUUGGGAUUAGGGUAUUUGGGUAUGCUUAAAUCGCACCCUCCCACGUGUUUCAUUACUUGUUUUCUAUAAUGUUAUUGAUCGAGGUUGUGAAAGUUUGAUUCUUUUGUAGAUAGUUGGGGUUGGGUUUUUUCUAGAUAUGAUUAAACAGAUAUUCGGUAAAAUACCUCGCAAACCCUCAAAAUCAUCUCACAAUAAUUCAAACGGGGAAGGAGGUUUCAAUGAUGGUUUCUCACUGAACUCAUCUUCUAAUACCCUCUUGAAAUCCAAUUCAGUUUCUUCAAAAUCUUCAAGUUCUGGUUCAGUUGGGUCUCGUUCUGGGAAUGAGACUAUUGCUCAACACUAUUCAAACCAAUCUAAGAAAUCAGCUCCUACUACAGGUUCAGUAAUGGCUUCUGCAGCUUAUGAGGCUUUGCCUAGUUUCAGGGAUGUUCCUAGCUCGGAGAAGCAUAAUCUUUUUAUUAGAAAGUUGAAUUUGUGCUGUGUUGUGUUUGAUUUCAAUGAUCCUGCCAAGCAUCUCAAAGAGAAGGAUGUGAAGCGGCAAACUCUACUUGAGCUUGUUGAUUAUGUUUCAUCCGUGAAUUCGAAGUUCAACGAGUUAGUGAUGCAGGAGAUGACCAAGAUGGUGGCAACCAAUUUAUUUCGCACUCUGCCUUCUUCCAAUCAUGAUGGAAGGUUGGCAGACAUGGGUGAGCCUGACGAAGAGGAAACUGUUUUGGAACCAGCGUGGCCUCAUCUGCAGAUUGUGUAUGAAUUUCUCUUUAGAUUUGUGGCUUCACCUGAGAUGGAUGCUAAGCUUGCUAAAAGAUACAUUGAUCAUUCGUUUGUGUUGAGGCUGCUUGACCUUUUUGACUCGGAAGACCAAAGAGAGAGGGAUUACCUGAAGACUAUCCUCCAUCGCAUUUAUGGGAAGUUCAUGGUGCAUCGGCCAUUCAUUAGAAAAGCUAUCAACAAUAUCUUUUACAGGUUCAUAUUUGAGACAGAGAAACACAGUGGGAUUGCAGAGUUGCUUGAAAUAUUGGGCAGCAUAAUCAAUGGUUUUGCUUUGCCUUUGAAGGAAGAGCAUAAGCUGUUUCUGGCCCGUGCAUUGAUCCCGCUUCACAAGCCUAAGUGUGUUGCACUUUAUCAUCAACAGCUUUCUUAUUGCAUUACUCAGUUUGUUGAGAAGGACGUCAAACUAGCUGAUACUGUGGUAAGAGGUCUUUUGAAAUAUUGGCCGAUAACUAAUAGUGCAAAGGAGGUAAUGUUCCUUAGUGAGUUGGAGGAAGUUUUAGAGGCAACUCAAGCAGCAGAAUUUCAGCGAUGUGUGAUCCCACUAUUUCGACAAAUUGGUAGAUGCCUCAAUAGCUUACACUUUCAGGUAGCUGAACGAGCACUGUUUCUGUGGAACAAUGAUCAUAUUCGAAAUUUGAUCUUACAAAACAGCAAAGUGAUACUGCCUAUAAUCUUCCCUGCUAUGGAGAAAAAUAUACGGGACCAUUGGAAUCAAGCAGUUCAGAGCUUGACCAUGAAUGUUAGAAAAAUAUUCUCUGAUGCUGACCAGGCACUUUUUGAUGAAUGCUUGAAGAGAUUCCAAGAAGAAGAAAUCAAGGAUAGGGAGAAGCAAGAAAAGCGAGAAUCCAUAUGGAAACAACUGGAAGAUGUUGCUGCAGCUAAUGCUGUAAGCAGUGAGGCCAUCCUUGUGUCAAGGUUUGUGUCCUCUGUUGCAAUUGCUACCAGUGCGAAUCAAUUGGCAACUGCAGGUGGUUGAGAGCCAUCAGAGAUCCAAAUUGUUUGUUCUGACCCCAUGAUGAGGAACAAAGGUGAAUGGGGGUUGAUGUGGAUAUCAGGCUGCUCCUUGUUUCUGGGCUUUUUCGUCUCCAUCAUCUGUUCUGGAAUCAUGGGUUGUACUAUGUAUCAUAAGGAAUGUAGUUUAUAAUAGGCAGUGUUUGUUUAGAAGUCUAGCCAUUGAGAUUAUGCAGUGAUACAAAAACAAUCCUUUUCUUUUGCCAUAUUUAUGUAAUUUUAACAUUAGUAAAAUUUCUAUUUCUUUUAGCCUUUUGCAGAAAAAGAUCCCAACCCAUUGUUCCCUCUGGCAGUUAUUUGUUCUUGGCUGGCUGAACUGCUUGUCACAGUGGAUCCAUUUUUUUUUCUUUCUAGAGGGGGGUCAUUACACGUUCGGAGUUUGGUGCUUUUCAGUGGAUCUAUUUCUUAUUUAUUACUUAACCUUUGUGGGUUGGGUU